AUGACGCUCAAUCAAGUCAGAGAGAAUGGAUUCUGGAUUCUCGGAGGCAGUAAUCGAGUAUCAAAACUCAUACGGAAAUGUGUCAUAUGUCAGAAACUACGAAGUCCAACUCAAAUCCAAAAAAUGUCAGAUCUUCCUUCCGACAGAGUAACAGAGGCUCCACCAUUCACAUAUUGCGGGAUGGACUGUUUUGGACCUUGGAUGAUUAAGGAAGGUAGAAAGGAUUUGAAGAGAUACGGUCUCAUCUUCACAUGUAUGGCCUCUCGGGCGGUACACGUCGAGACACUCAACAGCUUGACUACUGAUUCAUUCAUUCAAGCAUUUCGUCGUUUCACAGCUCUCCGAGGACCAGUUCAACAACUGAGAUGUGAUAGAGGGACAAAUUUCGUCGGAGCGGAUGCAGAACUAAAAAAAGCCUGGCAUGAAAUGGAUCAUCAGAAGGUCAAGGACUGUCUUCUCAGUGAAGGAUGUGAUUAUGUUCACUUUAUCUUCAACGUUCCCUCUGCCAGCCACAUGGGAGGAGUAUGGGAGCGGCAGAUACGCUCUAUUCGCAGUGUUCUAGAUACUCUCCUGUACCAAUCUGGAAGGCAGCUUGAUGAUGAAUCACUACGAACCUUGAUGUGUGAGGCUGCAGCUAUCAUCAACAGCAGACCAUUGACAGUAACUCAUCUCAAUGAUCCAACGUAUCUAGCACCUCUGACACCAAACCACCUCAUAACAAUGAAGUCAAAGGUGUUCCUUCCUCCCCCCAGGAAACUUCCAGAAUGCAGAUAUCUACUCAAGAAAGCGAUGGAGGAGGGUACAACACCUCAUUAA